UGUUUAUUUGUAGAAUUCUCCAUUUAAUAUGUGUCCACCCCAGUUGACCACGCAAAAUAUAUUGGCUUGUGAAAAUUCACUAACCUGUGCACGUAGGAUUUGCCCAUUGUGGAGGUAUGUAAGUUAUACUUUAUUAAAAUAAUUUUUUUUUAAGUUGCCAUAGAACCCAUAGAGAGGCUGAAAUUGGCUUGAUCUCACUCACCUCUGGCUUUAGGAGGAAUCCAGCAGUCAAGAACUUUCACUCCAACAGGGAGUGAGACAGAGAAGCGUCUUCGGGGCGGGUUAGGGCCACACCCACAACUUCCGGACGCCCCAGCUUGCCCCACCCGGGGGCCAGGACAGGAGCCAGGUAUUUUUCGCCUCGGAGGAGUCCCAGCCGUCGGGUCCACGGAUCUCAAGCGACAAGACGCCUCCCGGGCCCCUCAGCGCCGACCGCUCCUGGUGCCAGGGGACGCGGCAUCAGGCACGUCUCUUGAAGCGCUCGCCACUACCCCGACGUGCCUGGAGACCUCCUCAUCCAGCUCACCUGCCCCGACUCCGAGAUGACGGCGGCGCUGAGCCUGGAGCCCGCGGGCCGCUGCUGCUGGGACAAGCCGGUGCGCAUCGCCGUGCACGGCCUGGCCCCUGAACAGCCGGUCACGCUGCGCGCGUCCCUGCGCGACGAGAGGGGCGCGCUCUUCCAGGCCCACGCGCGCUACUGCGCCGAUGCCCGCGGCGAGCUGGACCUGGCGCGCGCGCCCGCCCUGGGCGGCAGUUUCGCGGGGCUCGAGCCCAUGGGGCUGCUCUGGGCGCUGGAGCCCGAAAAGCCUUUCUGGCGCUUUCUCAAGCGCGACGUGCAGACGCCCUUCGCCGUGGAGCUGGAGGUGCUGGACGGCCACGGGCCUGAGGCCGGACGGCUGCUGGGCCGGGCGGUGCACGAGCGCGACUUUUUGUCGCCCGGGGUGCAGCGGGAGCCUGUGCGCGCGGGCCGGGUGCGCGCCACGCUCUUCCUGCCUCCAGGACCUGGACCCUUCCCAGGAAUCAUUGACAUCUUUGGUCUUGGAGGGGGCCUGUUGGAAUAUCGAGCCAGCCUUCUGGCUGGCCAUGGUUUUGCCACAUUGGCUCUAGCUUAUUAUGACUUUGAAGAUCUCCCCAAGCAAGUGGACGGCGUACACCUGGAGUACUUUGAAGAAGCCUUGUGCUACAUGCUUCAGCACCCCCAGGUAAAGGGCCCAGGUAUUGGGCUUUUGGGCCUUUCUCUAGGGGCUGAUAUUUGUCUCUCGAUGGCCUCAUUCUUGAAGAAUGUCUCAGCCACAGUUUCCAUCAAUGGAUCUGCGUUCAGUGGAAACAGUGGCAUAUACUAUAAGCAGACCAGCAUCCCACCAUUGGGCUAUGACCUGAGGAGAACCAAAGUAGUUUUCCCAGGCCUCCUGGACAUUGUGGAUGUACGGAAUGAUAUGAUCGGCGGUUGUGAGAACCCUAGCAUGAUUCCAAUAGAGAAAGCCCAGGGGCCCAUCCUCUUCAUUGUUGGUCAGGAUGACCACAACUGGAGGAGUGAGUUAUAUGCCCAGGUAGCUUCUGAACGGUUACAGGCCCACGGAAAGGAAAAACCCGAAAUCAUGUGUUACCCUGGGACUGGGCAUUACAUCGAGCCUCCUUACUUCCCCAUGUGCCCAGCUUCCUUUCAUAUAUUACUGCACAAACCUGUGGUCUGGGGUGGGGAGCCCAGGCCUCAUUCUAGGGCUCAGGUAGAUGCUUGGAAUCAAAUUAUAUCCUUCUUCUACAGACAUCUGGGAGGUACCCAGAAGAGUGCUUUCCCCAAAUUGUAAUGCAUUUGUCUGUUGUUGACAUGAAAGUUUCAAGGUCAGUUUCUAAUCUUCAGUAACCCCGUGUGAAUCAGAUGUGUCCUGGAUAACAUUCAAUUCACAUCUUUGCCAUU